UCUCGGUGGCGGCUGGGUCUGGUGGCGGUGGAGCGGAGCAGGUCCAGGCCCUGGGGGCUGGCUCUGCGUCAGGGGGAGGCGGGCAGAAGGGCCUGGGGGUCUCUCGGGGCCUAAGCUCUGGGCUUGUGCCUGCCGAGGGUGUAGUGCAGAGCCCUUGGCCCUCGUAUCCCACCCUGAGGCUGGGAGGGGGCCUGGUGUCUCCCCUCCCACCCGUGGGCUCUCCCCAGGUGCCUGCGAGCCUUUGACUCCAUCGCUGUGUUUCAGGCAGGGCCAUGGCGGAGACUGAUGGUCCUACGCAGCUGCUGGAAAUGUGCCAGCAGAGGCUCUCCCGGUUCCUCCACAAUGCUGAGCACAAGCACUUGGCCUGGCUGCGGGAGGUGGAGGAGCAGGGCAUGCGGCUGCUGGAUAGCAACUUUGGGGCUGAACCUGAAUUAAUACCUAAAACACCAUCGCAGAGGAGGCGCCCCAAGAAAAGGCGGUCCUCCUGCCUGAAAGAUGAAAAUAAGGAGCCAAACAGGAGGAGGUUGUCCAGAAGGAGAAGCAGCAUCAAACCAGUGUCUUCCAAGCCAAGUUCCCAAAAGCACCUCAGCAAAGAACAACCCCACAAUCCUGGCUGUCAGGGGGAAGGGGUGUCUGUGCCCGACUGUGCGGUGAGGUCUCAGGCCAGUGUUGAAACCGAUCUGCCAGCACUGACCAGGAAAUGGCCGGCAGAAGGUCCCGUGGCAAAGCCGGAUUGUCAGGACUGCCCACAGGGUGCCGAUAGCAGGGAUGCAGCUGUUACGGCUGUCACAGGGGAGCAGUUGCCCGAGGGGGACGCAGCCACUGAGCUGCACAGUGUGUCUUCUGUCACUGCAAUGCCCGGUGGCCAGACCGCAAGAGAAGGGGAAGAGGCCCCCGAAAGAACAGCAAGUACCUCCACUCCUAAAGCUGCUAGAAAUGGAGAUCCUGCCAUGCUCCAAGGAGAUCAGUCUCCUCAGGGCCUCAAAAAGGUGCUUUUCCAGGACUCAGACAGCAAAAUGACUACAGUGAAAUCCAAAACACGCCGUUGCUCUGGACGUCAAAGCUUUGUGGGUGGCCCCAACAAGAGCCAUAGGACCUCCUUGGCAGAAAAAUGUUCCCUGGCCAGCAAAAGAGAGAGCAUGAUCCGGAGGUCUAUCAGCAGGGCCAUUUCAAAGAAAGCAGCAUCGCGAGAAUCAUCCUCUGCCUCCAGCAGAGUGAGCUGUCAAAGCUCCUUGGAGGUUUUUGUGGAAGAAGAUGUGACCAGCAGCAUGAGACCUGGACUGGAACUGAAUCCCCUAAGUGAAAAGACUCCUGAAGACGUCCCCAUUUCAAGCAGAAGCGUACAAGCUGCCAGCCCUCCUGCACAGCACUUAUCUCCUCCUGACCAGCAGGGUUGUGGAAAGUCUGGGACUUGUGUUGAAACAAAACCACCUCUGACCAGUCAAGGAAACUGUGUAAAUCCAAACAGUGAACCCCAGAACAAGAACCAGGAACAACCCCACUGUGCUGAAUCCCAGGAGGAUCCCUCACCCAUUUGGACAAGAAGCUACAAACAAGCAAUGGGUGUCAUAUGGAAUAGGCAGCAGCCAGGGGGUCAGACCCUUUGCCCUUUGGACGAAAAGCACAAGAGUUCAGCAAACCAGACUCCAGCUUCUUCCUCUCCAGCUAGCAAGGUUGUUAGACCACUGAAAAACUUCCUGCAGGCUGUGCAGCGAAACCAGCUGCUCACGAGCCCAGGGCCCACAGGACGUGGGGGUGUCAUAAAGAACUUCAUCAAAUGCAAUACUCCCACCCGACCUGAUCUUAAGGGAGAUUUUGUUGUAAGUAAUGACACCCUUAAUCGUGGGGUCUGGAAGAUUAUAACGGCUGUGCCUCCUUCCUCACGGGCACUGACAGCUCUUUCCCCUGACACUGUCAUCCACGCAGCUCUCUGGCCAAAUAAGAGACGGCGUCAGGCAGAAAUGAAGCUGAAGAGGGAAGAGCGUCUGAGGAAGGCAGUGCAGGCUCGGGAGCGGGUGGAACAAAUGGAAGAAGAGAAGAAAAAGCGGAUGGAGCAGAAGAUUUUACAGAAUGAUGAUAAGGUGCGCCUCUCACAAGUGCGGGAAGAGAAAGUGGCAGAGGAGCGGAGCAAGAAAAAACUGUCCAAGAAGCAUGGGGAAGCUGAUGCACGGAAGCAGAAAGGACUGAGGGUGGAGGAAGAUGAAUUUGAGCAGCAAGAACCACUGCAGAAAAGGAGAGGGGAUGAAGUGAAUGAAAAAGGAAAGAAAGUCUUGGAACUGAAAAAUCUUGUGGAGCGGCAGCAGGUGGAACAAGUGAAGGAGAGGGAUCACAAACAGCAAGGAAAAGAGAAGGCUCCCCAACCACAGCUGGAGUCAGCAGUGUUUGCCGAGAAAAACAUAAAGGUGAGCCUUCUCAGCCCCAUCACAAGGUGGGUGACAGCCAUACAAUGGCACUUUGAAGAACACCUCCAAAUGGCAUUCACUGAUACUGAGGACGAGAACCCAAAGGAGCUGCACCAGCUGCCUGGGCAGGAGAAGAGAGCCAAGCCACCAGAAUCCAUUGCCGCGGCUUCUAAUCCCUGGCUCAAAGCAGUAAAGGAGGAAGAUGGUCUGCAGAAGCCCCGGCAGCCGCUGAGAGAGGAGAAAAAAGUCAAGCAACCAGAAGCAUUGACUGCUGCCUCUGGUCCACGGCUGAGCAAAACCAUAAAGAAAUCUGUCUCUGCAUCCCACCUACUGCCUCCGAAGAGCACAAAGGAAUCCAGCUCCCCAAAGGUAAACGAAAACAACUACGGGAUGGAUCUGAACAGCGAUGACUCCACAGAUGAUGAGAAUGACCCUCGGAAGCCUAUCCCUGCCUGGGCUGAUGGGUCUCAGCUUAAUCAAGCCAUUUUACACCAAUACUAUCACCCAGUGAAUGUUGACCAAAUCUUUGGGCUCAUUCCGAUCCCUAAACUGGAGGAUAUUUUUGGCAAGAGCAAGCCUCGAUACUUCAAGCGCACGAGCUCAGCAGUUUGGCAUUCGCCGCCAGGCACCGCAUCUACCUGUGGCCCAUCUUGCAACUUCAAAAACUGAGAAAUUGUCAUAAAACACAUUUCUUUGCAAUAUGGUGUAUCGGUUUGUGUUUUCUUAGCA